UUUGUUGACAGUGUAUUGUGACCAAUGCAUAUGCUAUCAUGCUAUACAGUAGAAGUUUCAGAAAGCUGAAGACAGCUGAGUUGGGGGGGCUUCUCCCUUCUUUGUUACAGUAUUUUUAUUUUUACCUCACAAAUGGCUAACCUAGUCAUAAAUAAGUCAAACUUUUUCCACUGAGGGCCACGUACUGAAAAGUAAAAGGAUGCGGAGGCCACUUUGCUAUUUUUAUAUCCACAAUAUUUUAUAAAAAGGCUAAAAAAAAGCUUAUACUGUAUAUAUUUAAAGACAAAUCUUUGUUAUUAUUACUAUCAAAAUGUCUGCUUUUUCGCUUUACAUUGUGCAUUUUUGCUCUAUUUUUCCCAUUCUUGCUGUUUUUUUGUUUAUUUUUAUUUCUACAAUGUGCCGCAAGCCAAUAAAAAAACAGCUGUGGGCAACAAAUGGCCGCCCCGGGCCGCACUUUGGACACCCCUGUUCUGUAUGAUAGGAGCACUCUGCUGUUUUGAGGACCUGCUACAAAAACGCUGGUCAAAGAUCCUCAACAUCAGUUCUUCUUAGCCUUGUUUCAGUGAAGUACCACCCAUGGAAUAGUUUUUGCACCCCCGAACCAGAGAAAAACAUUUCUGUUUGGGGGAGAAAAAGAAAAAAAGAUCUGAUUUGUUAAGGUACAUAACAGUGUUGAUCUGCAGUGGUCAUGUUUGAAACAUUUGGAAAUAAAAACACAUAUGAAAUAAAAUGGAAAAAAUAUCAUACAAUUAAAUAAUUCAGAAAAAAAAUUGUGCCAAAAAAAUAAAUGCCAGAAAGUGUCCUCUUGUGGGAUUAUAAUAAAGAUGUGUUCCGGUACCGAACCGUCGGUUAUUUGGUACCGGGCCGCACAGAAAGAAAAAAUAAUUUCCAUUAUGUUUUAUUUUGAAAAGUGACCGGAUUCUCUCUGUUACAUCCGUCUCACUUGACGCAUGUCCAUUGUGCGUGUGCUAACUUUUUUUCGCCACACAGAUAGUCUACUACUGUAUUUUUACCAUUUUUCUUUCACCUCAUAUUUGGUCUCAAAUGCUGAUACUAUGUGGGAAUGCAUAAAGUCCCCCCAGAUGACCCCGUGAUCGAUGGAGGGCCGGAGGUUCUCCUCAACGCCGGGGAGUCCUACAACCUCAGCUGUGUGUCCCGGGGCGCUAAGCCGCCUUCCAUGAUCGAGUGGCUUAAAGAUGGCCUGCCUGUGGACGGGGCUGUCAGCGCCACCGAGGUUCUUCCAGACCGCAAGAGGGUGACUACGCGCAGCUUCCUGCCCGUCCACCCUAUCGACACGGACACAGGGAGGAACUACAGCUGCGUGGCCUCCAACCUGGCGGCCCCCGCGGGCAAGAGCACGACAGUCACCCUCAACGUGCACCAUCCACCCACCGUGACCUUGUCCAUCGAGCCUCGCUCCGUCCUGGAGGGCGACAGGGUCACCUUCACCUGCCAAGCCCAUGCCAACCCUCCUAUUAUGGGCUACAGGUGGGCCAAGGGUGGUGUGGUUCUACAAGGCGCCAGGGAGACCGUGUUCACCACCAAGGCGGACCACUCCUUCUUCACCGAGCCCGUCUCCUGCCUGGUGUUCAACGCCGUGGGAAAGACCAACGUCAGCAUCCUGGUGGACGUCCACUUCGGCCCCAUUCUCUUGGUGGAGCCUCAGCCCAAAACGGUGGACGUGGACUCGGACGUUACCCUGAACUGCAAAUGGGCUGGGAACCCCCCGCUCACGCUCACGUGGUUCAAGAAAGGUUCUAACAUGGUCCUCAGCAACAGCAACCAGCUGUACCUGAAGUCCGUGAGCCAGGCUGACGCCGGACAGUACGUGUGCAAGGCCAUCGUGCCGCGGAUCGGCGUCGGAGAGACGGAGGUCACGCUCACUGUCAAUGGUCCACCCAUCAUCUCCAGCGACCCCAUCCAGUAUGCAGUGCGAGGGGAGCGGGGUGAGGUGAAAUGCUUCAUAGCGAGCACACCUCCUCCAGAUAAGAUUGUGUGGGCGUGGAAGGAGAACGUGUGGGAGGAGGAGAAGGGAACGCUGCUGGAGCGCUACACGGUGGAGCAAAGCAGGACGUCGGCCGAGGGCGGUGGAGUCCUCUCCACGCUCACCAUCAACAACGUGAUGGAGUCCGACUUCCUGACCUCGUACAACUGCACGGCCUCCAACUCCUUCGGUCCCGGCACCAUGAUCAUCACCCUGGAUGAGACCGAUGAAGUCCCAGUGGGGAUAAUAGCUGGUAGUACAGUGGGCUCUACCAUCCUCUUGUUCAUCUUCCUCCUGGUCCUUGUUCUCAUCUUCUACCGGCAGCGCAAAGGCAGUCGGCGAGGGGUCACGUUGGGCAAGCCUGACAUUAAAGUGGAAACCAUCAACAAGGAGAGCCACAGCUUGGAGGAGGAUUCGGGCAGCGUGUCCACGGCUUCACGUAUGGUCAAGGCCAUGUACUCGUUUCUCCCCUCUGUGUCCUUUUCUCCCUCCAAUCAGCCCUUUAAGGAUGACAUCGAGCUCAAGUCCGACCUGCGCAGCGACACACUGGAAACCCGCCAGGAGUACGACCUCAAGGAUCCCACCAACGGCUACUACAACGUACGAGCGUCCACGCUCGACGAAGGACGUCCCGCCUCCCGCUCUACCAUGCAUUACUCCGACUACCGCUCCCCCACUGGCACCCCAGGCGGAGCUGCAUCCAUCAGCAGCAGCGCGGCCGGCUCGGGGGCCACGGCCAGCGGCGGAGCCCCCGUUCCGCCCGGCCCCCUCACAUCCCCGGGCCGUCCCCAGGCUUGCUACGACCCCCGGCCCCCUUCCAGACUGUCUCAUAUCAGCUACGCCCAGUUCAACACCUUCACCCGUGGGGGCCAGAACCAGCAACCUCCAAGCAACCCGGCCCCGGCUCCCGCUGACUUCCCGGGGGACUGCAGCCUGCUGGACUCCACCUCCCAGCUGGCCUACGACAACUACGGCUACCCCUCGCAUUACCAGACCUACCGCAUGGGGUUUGCCCCGUCUAGCCUGGCCCCACUGGAGGCCGGUCCCUCAUAUGAAAUGUACGGGGUGGGGCCUGGGGUAGCGGGUCCUGCGGUUGGGGUGGGCCCCGGGGGUGCCACACCCUCGGGCUCAGACACGGGACUUGGGAAGUACGGCAGCUCCACUCGCUUUUCCUACACUUCGCAACACUCUGACUACUCCCACAGCCGACACACGCAGAGGAUGCAGACUCACGUGUGAGACCGACCUGUCAUGCACAGCAUGACGAGUGUCUUAGCGAUAGCGUUGCAGCUAAAAACACACACAGGCACACACAGAUUUACAUGCACACACUAACACGCCCCAGUGAACACAAACAAGGCACACGCACACUCGUAGAGGAGCGUGCCCGUGAGACAAGGGUGGGUUUUGGGGAGGAGAAAAUGGAGAGUCAGUAGUGACAAAAGUGUGGGAGACAUCACACCGGCUCUUUUUUAAACGGGAGCUCAGAGAGAGCAGACGGCGCAAAUCACAAUCAAGACAAAGAAGGGGACGACAACAUGAUCGCAGAGACGUUUUGCAAAAGAACGUCACGUUUCCACCAAGCAGCACAGUUCGGUUCACUUCUCAGAGUUGUGAAGGGUACCAAAAAACCAGACAUGUCGCGCCGCAGCACGUUUUGACACCUGACAGCCGCUGUCCAGUAUGUGAAGAGGCGGAGCUCGCACACUGCAGUCCGUUAAUUGCGACACAGAAAGUGAUUACUUGGAUGGGAUUUGAAGAUGACAAAAAACAGCUACCAAGAAGAAAGAACACCAAAUGCUGGAUGUCUUCCGUUGGUAGGGUGCCAAGGACCAACAUGAUGGAAAUAUGACUGCAAAGGCUGAGCAGACAAAUAUGGUACACACUGAUCGGGAGAAAUAUCAGCCAGUGGAAGUCAUGUCUGGUCGCCAUUUUUUUCCUUUCUUUGCUGGCCUUCUUGAAGAAAAGCCCAUUCAGAUUCUUUCUAUCAUGCUUAUUAUUAGCCAAUAUUUAGCCAAGGGAAAGUGUUUAAGGGACUGUGGGUGGUUGUCAUCGUUUUGCACUGCGUCAUCAUCAGUAUUCAUGCUUUCUCUCAUCUAUAUCUGUCGUCUUUUUAUUUGCACACCCGACGAGAGCUUUGUAUUCUAUUUUUUAACAUUACAGAAUUAUUUUUGUCAAUGUAAAACAUGUAAUGAUGUAUAUGUUAUGGACCAAAAGUUUGGAGGAGUCAUGCCAUCAAAAAAGGGUAUAUCGGUGUAUAAAAGAAAACCUAGUGCCAAGUGUUCAUAUUUUUCUUCACCGUAGACUAUGUACAGUAUAUGCAGUAGGAGCUCCUUCUAUUGGCGACUGUUGCUUUACAAACCAGGUGAGGGACCUUGGGUCAGACUUUUUCCUUGGCUUGGGCCUUUUUUUUCGGUGCCCUGAGCUCUAAAAUGAAAGACUAGUGCGGACGGCAAGAACAAUGCGGAUGUUGGGUUUAGAACUGAGUGGCCUUAUCGGGAGAACAUAAUCUUUCCUCAUCGUCUGCCUGCCAAAAUGGCCAGAAGAGAAUGUGUAUGGAGCGUUUCCAUGAAGGCUGUCUACAAUAUUGACAUGUAGUAGUGAGUGUGUGUUUGUGUGAGUGUGUGAGACACGUCAAGAUGGAGUGUGUGGGCACAGGCACGCACAUCAAUUUGUACAGUGUGUUUGUAUAGACGUGUGAAUGGAUACGUGCAUACUCCAAACGUCUGACUCAUGUGUGCGUGGGACUGUUGAAUGCAUGUCCAUGUGUAUACAAUACGUGUGUGUGCGAGUGUGCGUGUGUGUUUCAAUAUAUGUCUAUCAUUUUUCUCACAAACCAGUACUUUUAUACCUCUGGUAGGACUGUAUCCUGUAUUAUUGUGUCUUUGAAUAUAGACCCCAAUUUUUAUGUUAUUGUACUGUUCCGUAGCAGGAAAAAAACUGUUUAAAAGAUGUACAAAAAGCCCAUUAUCAACUCAUUUUUUAUUUCAUUACCGUCAAUAUUUUUUAAAAAUCGUAUGUAAUUAUUUUUCCACAGUAUUACAUAAAUAAAAGCACUGUUUUUUAUAAAAAAAAAA